CCCACCUGUGAAACAAUGUCAUUUCUCCUGUGGGGUCCUCACAGCUCCCCCUGGGUGCUGUUGAGGCACAUCAGAGAGCACCACUUCAACACUGAAAAUUCAUUCAAGGCAUUUUUCCAGGAUCUCUGGUGGGUGCUCUUUGGAAUAAUCCUACUUUGUUCCCCUGCACAUUGCUCUGUCUUUAAAAUUGGAUUGUUUGGACCCUGGAACUGUGACCCCUUCUUUUCCAAAGCCUUUCCCCAUGUGGCUGCCAGGUUAGCUGUGGGACGAAUAAGCAGAGACCCUUCACUAGAUCUUGGCCACCGGUUGGAUUAUGUGAUCCUGCAAGAAGAAUGUGAGACUCCAAGAGCUCUGGUUAGAUUUGUUGAUUUUGAAAAACUUUCCUCAGCUUUUAUAGGCCCUCUAAACCCUGGAUUCUGUGAGGUGGCUGCACAUUUAGGGAAAAACUGGGAUAAAGCUAUCUUCUCAUGGAUGUGCAUCAAUUAUAAGCUGGAUUCCACCAUCCGCCAUAAUGCAUUUGCAAGAACUCUGCCCUCUCCAACCCAAAUUUUGCUUACAAUAAUGAAAUAUUUUAAGUGGGCUCAUGUUGGCAUCAUUGCAUCCACUGAUGAUAUUUGGAUGUACACAGCCAAGGAGUCAGCAACUGCCCUCAGGAAUCACGGGCUACCUGUAGGCAUUGUUACAUCCGUGCAUAAGGGAGAAAAAGGUAUUGAAGACACCUGGAACGAGAUUAAAAAAGUUAAUAACAUUAAAAUUAUACUCCUGUGCAUGCAUUCUGUUCUCAUCGGAGGGCAGGAACAGGCAGCCUUACUCACAAAAGCUCUGGAAAUGGGACUAGCAGAUGGAAGAUACAUCUUUGUUCCCUAUGACACUUUGCUGUACAGUCUUCCUUACCAAAACAACUCAUUCAGUGUCUUUGAUAAUGACAGCAAGCUCCGGGAGGCUUAUGAUGCUGUGCUGACCAUCACGCUGGAGUCUGGAGAAAGGACUUUCUAUGACGCAUUCAGGGAAGCUAAAGAAAGUGGUGAAAUUAUCAGGGACUUGGAAGCCACACAGGUUUCUCCACUUUUUGGAACAAUCUAUGAUGCCAUUUACUUCAUGGCAAUGGCUAUGGACAGUGCACGGAAGAAAGGAGUCAGGGCCUCAGGAGCCAACAUAGCUGAGUACACAAAAAACUUCAGCUUCCCUGGAUUUAGUCACCAGGUAGAGACAGACAGCUGUGGGAAGGGGCUGAACAACUAUGUGAUACUGGAUACAGAUGGUCAUGGGAACCAGCUUUUCCCAACCCACCUGCUGGACAUGUCUUCAGGCUCUGUGCUGCCCCUAGGCCAGGCCAUCCACUUUCCCAAUGAAGUUCCACCCAAACCAGACUCCAGCUGUUGGUUUGAUCCAGAUGUUCUCUGCACUGAAGGGAUUGAGCCUGCACUAAUUUUCUUGGGAGUAAUGCUUUUAUUUGUCCUGGUGUUGUGUGCUGUGGGCCUGGCUUCUCUCAUCAGGCAGAGUAUCUUGAACAACCAGCUUUUCAGGGGUCCGAACAAGAUCAUACUGACCUUGGAUGACCUUGUCUUCAUCAACCCAGAGCUACAUAGAAAGAGGUUGACCUUGGACAGUCUGACUGAUACAAACAGCAUAGCAGCCAAGAACAGAAGCCUGAUAUCUGUAACCCGCUCCGCUUCCUUGAAAAGCACGGUUGCCACCCAUGAAACCUCCAAUGUGGCUUUGUAUGAGGGAGACCAGGUGUGGCUGAAAAAAUUUGAGACAGGAGCAGUUCACAAUCUGAGGCAAAGCUCCACCAACAUCUUAAGGAAGAUGAAGGAUCUGCGUCAUGAAAAUGUGAAUCUGUUCCUGGGCUUUUUCUCAGACUGUGGCAUCUUUGCCAUCGUGACGGAGUACUGCUCACGAGGCAGCUUGGAGGACUUGCUGAGAAAUGAGGAUAUGAAACUGGACUGGAUGUUCAAGUCCUCUCUUGUGAUGGAUCUAAUUAAAGGAAUCAGAUAUUUGCAUCACCGAGAUUUUGCCCAUGGACGUCUCAAGUCUCGUAACUGUGUUGUGGAUGGUCGGUUUGUUCUGAAGAUCACUGACUAUGGUUACAAUGAGAUCUUAGAGGCACAGAAAUGCCCCUAUAUUCAACCAUCCCCAGAAGAAUUGCUCUGGACAGCUCCUGAGUUACUGAGGGACCCAGAUAUGCGCAGAAAAGGCACAAUCAAAGGGGACAUUUACAGCUUUGCAAUCAUCCUACAAGAAGUUGUUGCUCGGGGUCCACCUUACUGCACAUCAGAACUCUCAGCUGAAGAAAUUAUAAAGAAAGUGAAGAAGCCCCCUCCCCUGUGUCGCCCAAACAUAGCUCCUGAGGUAGCCCCCCUGACAUGCAUCCAGGUAAUGAAGCAAUGCUGGGCUGAAGCCCCUGAACGACGUCCAACCUUUGAGGAGGUAUUUCAUAAGUUCAAAACCAUCAACAAAGGGAAAAAGACCAAUAUCAUUGACUCAAUGCUCAGGAUGCUUGAGCAGUACUCAAGCAACCUGGAAGAUUUAAUCAGCGAGCGGACUGAAGAGCUAGAGGUUGAAAAACAGAAGACAGAAAAACUGCUGUCACAAAUGCUUCCACCUUCAGUGGCAGAAGCCCUCAAGACUGGUGGCACUGUGGAACCGGAGUAUUUUGACCAGGUGACCAUCUACUUCAAUGACAUUGUGGGUUUCACAUCCAUUUCAGCCCUCAGUGAACCCAUUGAAGUAGUUGACCUUCUGAAUGACCUUUACUCUCUGUUUGAUGCUGUUCUUGGAAACCAUGAUGUUUACAAGGUGGAGACAAUUGGUGAUGCCUACAUGGUUGCCUCAGGGCUCCCAAAACGGAAUGGAAACAAGCAUGCAGCUGAAAUUGCCAACAUGUCCUUGGACAUCCUCAGCUCUGUGGGAACAUUCAAAAUGAGGCACAUGCCAGACAUUCCUCUCAGGAUACGAAUUGGGCUGCACACAGGGCCUUGUGUGGCAGGCGUGGUGGGGCUGACCAUGCCCCGGUACUGCCUCUUCGGGGACACGGUGAACACGGCAUCAAGAAUGGAAUCCACGGGCCUGCCUUACAGAAUUCAUGUCAGCCAAAGUACAGUAGAUAUACUUCGGAAUCUGAAUGAAGGCUAUGAAAUCAUACCCAGAGGAAAAACAGAACUGAGGGGUAAAGGAGUAGAAGAAACAUAUUGGCUGGUUGGGAAAAAAGGCUUCCAGAAGCCCUUACCUAAACCUCCUGAAAUAAAACCAGGCCACAACUGGCCGGAUGUACUGACCAGGAAAUUGAAAUCUGUCCUGAGGGACACAAAGCGGACACUAAGAAAAGCAAACUUUAAAGAGCUGGGGAGCAUGAAGGAGGCUGGAAUAAGCUUUGGAGAGGAUGAAAUCUGAGAAUAACAUGGCAAAGAACUAGUAAGAUCAGGAGGGACACCUUGAAGCCAAUCCAACAGAACUCACACUCUCCAUUUAGUUCCCAGCCAGCCCAAAGCAGAAUAAUUAAUGAAGCCUCUUAGAUCUUUCAGAGGGUGAACCUGAGCAGGCAGAUGAAUUCUGACCAUCAUCUCUUGUGAAACUGUCUCAUCAAUCCUGACCACCAUCUCUUGGCACUGUCUCAGACUGUAUAUGUGUGUGUUUUUGGGAGGGGUGAACUGGGGAGGAAAGUGAGGGUGAUAAUGAUGGCAGUUCCUGCUCUUCAUGAGCAACUGUCACAAGGAUGAACUCAAAGAAUAUUUUAGCUAGGUCUGCAUGGCAGCACUAACAAGUCCAGCUGCCCCUGGGCCUGGAUUCAAACAAUAAUGCCAAGUGCUAGAAUGGUUCAAAUGUUAAGUAGUUGUUUUCCUGUUGUUAUUGUGGGAAGGUCUGGUUUCAUGAAAAUGAGUGCAAUUGAGAAAAAAAAUGUUUUGGACAACAACAAAGAACAUUUUUACUCCCCCACAGAAAUUUUGAAUCAAAAUGUUCUGUCCCUGUAUGUCAACUUAAGCUGAAAUAUUUUCUUUCAAAUUGACAUUUCAGCUGCAAAUGCCAAUUUAAUGCUAUUUUCAAAAUGAAAUAACAGUUUUGAAUUGAAACAGUUUGGUAUGAAUCAAUAUUUGCUUCAAAUGCCAAAAUGAGAUUCUGCUCAAAAUGUCAAAAUAUGUCAUAUUCACAAAUCCUGAUCUAAAUUGCAAGAAUUAUUUUUUUUUCUUUUAUACACACACAUAUACAGGAUAUCUCAAACUUGUUAUGUUUCUCAUCCUAAAGCCAGAUAAAAAUGGAAUGCCAAGAUACUGCAAAACAGAGAUGCAGUUCCAUUUAGCUGAGUAGUACUAAUAAAAUAUGACAUUUUUUCCUGCAAAAGUGAGGCGGAGGGAAUGAAGAGAGCAUAAUUAAAGCAGUACAAAGUCUAAACCCAUCAAUCUUUUCCUUUCCAAUCUCCAAGUGGUCUUUAAGGCACUUGUCUAUAAAGUAAGCCUCCCUGUGGGUAAAAAGUUUUCUGUAAAGGAUCAGUAUUUGGCCUGUAGGGACUUCCACCAGAGCACACUUCCUCAAAGUCCAAUAAUUUUGGUGUUGGGCCCUUUUUCUUCUAUGUUUUUUACUCCUGUUCAACAUCUGGAUCCUAACAAACUUCUGGGAAUUGUUCUCUCUUCUGCCAGGCUGAAGAGAAGAGCAGGUAUGGUAAUGUAACCUAUAUUACCACCAGAAGGUGUUAACUGAGAACACUGAAACUUUUCUCAAGCUUAAUUUGAACUCUUCUCAUCAGACCAAUCAAAACAGAUUUUUACCAUUCAGAUAAUAAAUCAACAUGAGAAUAGAUAAGAUAAGAAUCAACAAACACUUGGCAAACUUUCAUUAGAUAUUGAAAAUAUCAUUAUAAAACAAAAUGAGUCUGACUUCACAGAGUUAAGGAACACAGUAUUUUCACAACUAAUUCAGUGUAUCAAGUAUAAAACAUGCACUGUCAAAGCAAGAUCUGUUUGAAGUAUAAACAUCUAAAAAGCAAAAACAGAAGGGAAAUUCAUUAAUGCUCUUUAAUAAUGAGCUUUUACUCUGUGGCACCUGGUUUUGUAAAAGAAGCUUUUGCUUUUUUAAGUGGUGAGUUAAUAUUCCCUGUGGGAGAAGUUGGUCCUUGAAGGACGCCUGUCAAAAGGCUCAUACAACACUCAAACUGUCAAACAGGGAUUAGGAAAGCCUUGACUUUCUGCCCUGUGCCCACCUUCUGUUUGAAAAUUCCUUCAGAAAAACAUCCUAUGGAAGAGACAUGGGGCAGGUAAUUCUGACACAAUACACCUCAAAGUACAUUUCCAGAGGAGAAUGUUAGCUGAAUUGGUCUGUGCAAACAUAAGUUUAAAAUCAAACAACUUUGCAUAAUUAAUGUAUUUUCCAUUAUUUUCCCAUAUUAAAAAAAAAAAAUCUAUCUUUGUUGUCCUGUUACAUAGCAGAGUGGUUUAUAUCAACCUGAAUUUUCCACGAAAGUGAUUGAAACAAGAUUUCAACCCACACUACUUCUGCACACAGUUUUGAAUUCUUUCUUCAGCCUGUAGUCUUCUAAAAUAAACAACAUUCUUUGAAUUCUUCUUAAAAAUUAAGAUAGUAAAUCUGUGGGAAAGGGUAGCAGAGAAGCAAAGUUCUAGUCACUGACGACUUUAGUAAUCCCAGAGUAAUUCAUUAUUCUCUUUGAAGUUAGAGGUAAUUUGUCCUCUUAAUUUCAACAGGAAAAGGCCAAGGACUCAUCCCUGAGUGUGAUUACCUCUGCUGUUAGAAAUAUAAAAUGCAUAUUUAUAUUUUCCUGGUAUUGUUCUGUUUAAAUAGAUUUAAGUUCACUUAUGAGAUUUCUUCCCAUACUGUAUCUUUUUUUUAUUAUGAAAAACAAGUGUUUUUCAUCCUUAAAACAAGCGUUAAAAUGUUGUAAUGAGGAAGACGUGGGCUGGAAGCAGGAAAUGGAAAUUUUUGUAACUCCACAUCAGACUUGUCCUGUGAUUGUGGAUGAGGCACUUGGUGGAUUCUUGGAUAGGGAAACACACAUUGUAGUAACCAUUAUCAACAGGAACUUACCACAUGAUUGCUAGAAGUUUUACCACUAACAUUAUAGAGUGAAUUUUAAUGUAAUCAUGCAAACCCACUGAGAGCUGUAGAUGUAUUUGCAUACAACAAAUGGUAUCUGAAUAUAGUUUGUAUUUCAUACAGUAUUUUUAGCAGUCAAUUUAUAGCAUAUGACAAUAAAGAUCCUUGAAGACCUA